AUGGUAUCAGGAGUGUAUUCUGAUGUCACAUUGAAUUUGGAAAACCGGUGCAAAGACUUUAUAUGGCGUGGCUCCAGCCCAAGCAUUUGGGAACCAGAACCAUACUACCUAACUCCGGGAGACCAUUCAACACUAACGGUGAGUGAUCCUUGGUCCGGAACCAUUUGGCCUCGAAGUCAUUGCAGAAUCAACGCAUCAUACUAUUUCUCAUGUGCAACCGGUGAUUGCAGGACAGGACAACUGGCCUGUUCAAUCCCCAAAUACCCGGUAACCGAACUCAUUUUCAAAAUCAACGAUUCUGUAGUCUCCUAUGAUAUAAGCUUGGUUCAUGGACAAAAUGUUCUGGUCUGUGUCAAACCCAACGGUGGAACCUUGGUGGAUGGAGGAUCAGGUCCUUGCCCUAUGGUGGAAUGUAACAAGGAACUUUCAAGUGUGUGUCCCUCACAUUUGAUAGCGUAUGGCCAAGAGGGACAAUAUGUGGGUUGUAAGAAUAGUUGUGAUGUGAUAGAUGAUCCAAGGUAUUGUUGUGAUGGCGUUACUUGCAUUCCUGAUGAGUACAUGAAAAUGAAUAAGCAGCUUUGUCCUGAUGCUACAACCUUCCAGGGUGACAAACCACCGUAUCAGUGCAAAGGGGCUAGUAGUUAUGAUAUAACCUUAUGUCCUGAUCCCCUGUAGUUGCAAUAUAGUCACUACUACAGAUUUGACCUUUUGCCACGCCCCAAUUGUCACGGUUAUAGGCGGAACCGUGACAAAAGGUCAAUUAUCACGGUUUUAAAAGGAACCGUGACAAAAGGAAAUAAUAUUUUAUUAUUAUUGUUUUGGAACCGUGACAACAGAAGUUCAAUAUCUGGCUCUUAUUUUUCCCUCCCCUCCAAUUUUUCCUGAAAAACCCUACCACUGCACCCUAACCUCUUCUCGCGCGCUCUCAAUCGGUCUCUCUCCAAUAUCUGCCUUCUCAAUCGGUCUCUCUUUCCUGCUCCCUCUCAAUCGCCGGUCGCCGUUCUCCGUCACGCCGUUCGCCGUUCGCGCCGUUCUCGGUUCACGCCGUUCUCUGUCACGCGCACUUCUCUCUCUCGAGCACCAUUGCAAAGCCCAGGAUAUAGAGGGAACGUUAACCUUGCCGUGAGAAGCCGUUACUCGCUACCGUGCGCAUUUCUCUCUCUCUCGAGCACCGUGCAGAGCACAUGUACCUUUCUCUCUCUAUAUACAUGUAUGUAUCUAUUAUAGUGUGCUAUCAUCAUUGUAUCAGUUAUAUGAAAAGCUACUUGUAGUUAUAAUUUAUUGCACAGCUAGUGUCCAUCGAUGAUCAUGAAAAUGUAAAGAUUAAGUUGUGGGAUUAUGUCAUUUCUGACAAGGAAAUUGUAGAAACUAAAUACAGCUGUGGAAUUUAGAGAUUGUUAUUUCUUUCAAAUUAUGAAAAAUAUUUAUCUGCUCUAACUUGUAAUUUUCCCUUAUCGUUUGAAGACUUUUCAGUGCCUGUCAACUCUAAUUUAAGCUGAUGACAAUACUCUAGUUAAAGAGUGGGAUUUGUAUCAGUUUCCAUGUUCGCGAAUCCAGUAUACCUGAACACAGCUAGGUGUUAAACUAACAGAAAGGAUUAAUUCACAGAGACCGAUUUUCCAUAGAUAACCAUAAUGGGCUAGAGCUAGAACAAAGAAUGAAGUGCAAAACAUGAAAAUACAUGUUGUCUUCUCCUUUCUAUUGAGAAAUAGUAAUUGACUCAGUGCCCAUUGUACCAGUAAAAUAUAUUUUAAAAAUGUUACUGGUAUAUAUGUUUUCAACUAUUAGAUAAAAGAAUUAAAAUUUGUAGAUAACAGUGCGCAUGAAUAACUGUUGUACAUAGGGUGACUCACAUUCUAAGACCAAACUUAAAGCAAGAACCAGGAAUUAUUUCAAGUAAAAGAAAGUGUAAAACUGUAAGAGUUUCAACGGAAUGCAAUCAUGGGUGUUUGAAAUAUUCAAAUCAAUUCUUUACUCUAUAGCUAUGAUACCCAAAAAACUAACAAAAGAGUGGUAUUUUGAUGUGCUGCUGUUGUUUCUGUUGUGAAAUUAACUUUGCUGUUGCUGUUUGGGCUGCUGUUUCUGUUGAGAUAUCUUUGCUAUUGCAGUUUGGGCUGCUGUAGGAAGUGAUUUAAGCCUUUUUUGCUGGGGAAAUUGGCUGUUGUUUUGUGUUUUGCUGAGGUCUUGUGGGCUGGUUUUGGUGCUGAGAAUUUAGUUAUGUUGUUACUGUUAUCAUGCAAUUAUGGCAAAUGGACACCCAAACCAAUUAUAUCUUGCACCGGUCAAUAUAGGGGCACAUUGGGUGUUGGUUGUGAUCAAUGCCACUACAGGGACCUUAUUUUACUUGGAUCCUAUACAUGGUAGUUUGAAUCAACGCAAAGUCAUGAAAGAGAUGUUUGAUAAUGCAAUGAUGAUCUACCGUGCUAAUUGCAAUGACAAGAGGAUUACAUGGUCCAAAGCCAAAUGGAAUACUAUAAAGUGCCCUGCCCAAACAAAUUAUAUAGAUUGCGGGUACUAUGUACUAAGCUUUCUAAAGGAGAUAAUUGCGCACAAAAAAUCUACAAUUCCACAAGCGUACUUCUCUGAUUGUCAAUUUGGCUUCUACGAUGAGGAUCAACUAAAUGAAAUUAAAGAAGAGUGGGCUACUUAUGUGUUAAAGAAUUUUGCCUAGUGUGGGCUAUUUGCUUUAAUUCCUUGUGAGAGUAUGGGCUACUUAUGGUAUGGAACUGCACUGCAUGUUAUUUUAGAGUAUUUGGUUCAAGCAGUGUACUGUACUGGCUAGUGUUGGCUAUUUGGUUUAAUUUCUUGUGAGAGUAUGUUCUCAACAACAAUUAGUAUUGUUUUGGACAAAUUAGUGUAAAUGUAUUGUUUUCUUAUUCAAGGUUGGAAUAUUUGAGUAA